GACUUGUACGAUUGGAGUGUAGCAGGACAAACCAUCCGCUGAUCUGACACGGUGGACGUUUGGGAGUGUGUGUGCGUGUUGUAUAUAUGUGUAUGUACGGUACACCGGGCAGGAUUUUUCCCUCCGCACGGACGGUUCCACCCUGUCUCGGAGACUGAGAAGAGUCCUGUGAGCGAGCACGAGACGGGUGGAGGUCAAUCCAGGAAAAUAGUCGGGUGUGAGUUUGCCUUUUCGUAGUGAAUUGAAUUUCAACCGAUAGACAUGGACAGAAGCCGGGGGAAUAGGUGGCGAACGGUGCGAAAAAGGACUGCUGCUCCCCGGAAGUGGUAGUGGAGUUGGUGGUGGUGGUUGUUGUCGGUGGCGGUAGUGUUUCGUCGAAGGAGACGCCGGAAGGCUGGCCGGUGGAGUUGCCCGGGAGAGUAGAGGGGGAGAGGAAGUGAAAAAGUUUUGCGUUAUCCUUAAACACGAACUCGCAGACCGUACCGGAAUCAAUCGCUAGCUGAACGUCGUGAAGGUCGUACACGCGUGGCAUCGAGAGGCGCUGUGUUUUGAUAUCCGUUCCGUUCAUCUGUUAGAACCAUGAACUUCCGCGGGAUCGCCAUGUGUUGUACGUGCGUGAGAUGAUACUAUCACACACUUGUGCUCAUGCUGUUGUGGGGGAGGAUGUUGUGUGUUCUAUAUGGGUGGCAAAGCCAUCUGUAAUUAUGUAUCGUCUCCGAUCUGCCGAUGCUGAGCCGUCGGAAAAGCGUGAAUCAUUACCAGAAGUGUGGGUGUGAGUAUGUGAACGGGAUGCGGCUCCAUGUGCCAAAGUGCUACUAAUUAUGGGCUCUUCUCACAGUGUUUUCUGUGUGUAGCGAAUGCUCAAUUGAUUAUGUAUGAUUACGGCUAUUCAGCAAAGGAUCAACCGGGUGGAAUCAAAUAAUCGCAGAGAGGGUGCUGACGGUGAGAAGUGGAAUAAGCCGCGUAAUGAGCGCAAACAGAAUGAAGGAACGGCCAAUCCAAGUUCGUCAUUAGCCAUUCGAGACGAUCGGGACGUGAGUGUGGAAUUAUUACACGGCAGUGGAAGUGCAAAUACUGUGAAAUAAUUGGUGUAGAAAUAAAUUAAAUGCAAUUAUCGUAACAGAACUUGCUAGAAAAUUUAUCACGCUGUACAAACCAUCAUUUGAAAAAACUACUAUUAGAGGUCGAACAACCGAAUUCAUGAGUGUGAGAGUUGUUAACUCAAGCAAAACCUAGGGAAUGUUGUAGGUUUAGCGUUCUAAUUAAGCAUAAGAAUUAUAAUACAUACCAAGAAAGAUACAAAAAAAAGUUGCUGUUGUUGUUGUUGUUCUUUUUGUUGUUGCCCGCCUACCUUCAAACAGUAUCAAAUAGCCAUCCACUGUUAGCACCACCACGAGUAAGUGUGAAGAAACUUUGGCCGGAAAAUAAAAUUACCUUUCGCGCGCCGACCCACAAAAAAAAGGAACGUUUGGUGCGAAAACGAACCCCCGAAGUAUACAUCCUGAGAAACGAAGCGAAGCAAACAAUUUCCCGGUGUCAGAAUCAGAGAAAAAGAAGAAGGUAAAAGGAAAACACUGUUAGAGUUAUAAUUAGGCAUUAAAGCGCUGUAUCAGAAUCAGAGAGUUGAAUACAGAAAAAAAUCAAACUCACUCGCGGCAGUUGGAGGAAUGAAAACAAAAACCUAACGAAAAUAGAAACGCUGGAUCAAGUUCGAUAGCGCUGCGAAAGUAAAUAUUGUACUAAAAUUAUUUACGACUCCCGGCGAGCGGUUCGAUAUCGGUGUAGCUUCUCAUCUUGGCAAACGCCGGAACAGGUGUUUCUAAUUGUGAGAAAAUUGCGCGAGUGAUCGACAAGUGAAGCGAAAAGGUUCAUUACGGUGCAGGUAGUGUGUUAUUGUUUCAGGAUCUCCAGUUCGAAUUGAAUGGUCGUGCGUUAUGAAAUUGAUUCUGUUCCGGUGUAAAUAUUCUAGUGAAACCGUUGAUGCUCGUGUGCAUUGUUUAUUCAAAGAGCUAUUCCUGUGUCCAGAGCGAAUAUCAGAAAGAGUAAUGAACUAUUCGCUAUUAUAAAUUGGAUUGUGGUGGGAAGGCCACCGUUUAAAGUACUUCAACCUAGGAAGAAACAGUAAAAUAUAGUAGCAGUUACCAUUCCGACACUAAAAGGUGACAGUUGUUCAGUCAGAGCUAAAAGCACAAAAAGUGACAACAGAUAACAACAAUCGAAUCACAGCACCCCCGCCCAUUAUUCUCGCGUUAUCCAUUGAAUCUGUAGUGGCGCUUUUCAUCUGCAUUCGCUGUUUCCCCAUCUGGAUGGACAUUUAAUGUUCGAACAAUGUUGGAACCAGCAUGCACACAUGUAUAUCUUCCAGCGGUUGUUUGAAGAGCAAAUUUAUGUUCGACUGCAUUUUCAACACCCACCCACGGUUUCCCGAGGCACCCGGAAUAGAGAGCAGUGUCUGCAGUGGGGGAACUGAAAACUAAAUGAUAUUGAUCACCGAGCUGCGAGCAACAAAUCGCGGUGGCUGGAAAAGGGGGACGAGGCGCGAAUGAGGUAACCGACAGCGCCAAUUGACAUGCUGACGUUCGCAAAUUUUUAGUGAUCGUUCGUCGCAGCGUGCAAAUCGCAAUCGCAGUUUAUCGCCAAAAUAUAGAAUUUCAUCUGCCACUCACAUGAACGCGGGCGUUCCAAACCGAUUAGAAUAGAAGUGGCAAAUUUAGUGACGGCGAAGCAAACACAAAAAAACGUAAAAUAAAAUAAACAUUCGUGUGGAGGUGAAUGCGAAUAUCGUGCAGUUUGAUGGCGAAUAUGGAGAACGGUUGAAAGGGGAGCGGUGUCAGCAUUCGCACGUUUCAGGUGACGCGGCAGUGUUGGUUCUAAGCUCGUAUCAACAAACAAAAAUUAUGAAAAGUGGAUGAAAAAUACAAGUUCGUGAAGUUACGGGACAACGGCAUCGUAGAAAAUUAUGGCCACGUCAAGUGGCCAUGUGACAGAAACGUCUUUCCCAUGGCCAUCGUGGCCUUGGUCGUCACCGGCCAGGGCGGUGUCGGAAAAAGUGCAGUCUCGUUACUCGAGUAGCCCCACCAGUGGAGUCGUCCAUUCGAUGUCUACAACCUCUCGGAUUUGGAGUUCUCCCCCUUCUUCUGAUGUUGCUGUGGGGCCACCGCAGACAAGCACGCGGGUGUCGACUGUCAGGGGGUUUUCCGAUGACUUCGGGAUUGUCGAAAGUACAAGUGGCAGUGAAAUAUUUAGCGGUGAAAGUGAGAGGGGGUAUGGAAGCAGUAAUGGUGACUUUUUGGAAGAACUCAUCCACAGUGGUAGUUACAAUGGCACUGGCAAUGGCAGCAAUAGCAGUGAACUGUUCGGCGGGACGUUCUCCAAUUUCAGUGGUGCCUCCCCUGUGGGACCUGUUACUAGUUCGCUGUUCGCAAACUACACGACCGAGUUCAGCAUCGAUGUUAACAUUUCCACCAACAGCGGAGAUGCAGCAAUUGCCGCUGGAAAUUCCCGUUCUGCUUUCUCCUCCCUGCCGGAUCUCCUGGCGGAGGACGAGCUGAUGGCCCUUUGGAACUGUACCAACUGCUUUUUGCUCAAUUAUAGUGGUAGUAGUAGUAGUAGCAUCAGCGGCAGUAGUUCCGGACUGAUCAAUGGCACCAUCAGUGGCAGGUUCGGAAAUGGAACGGACAGAGACUUGUUGCUGUCGAGGGCCGGCGGCAGCGGAUAUGGUGCAACUGGGCUCGACGAGGACGCCGAAGCCACCAUCUAUCUGAUACGAGUCAUUGCGACGGCCAUCAUUUUGGGAAUUGUUAUCCUAGCUACAGUUAUAGGCAACGUUUUCGUAAUUGCGGCGAUUCUGCUGGAACGGAACCUGCAAAGUGUUGCCAAUCAUCUGAUAUUAUCGCUGGCCGUGGCCGAUCUGCUAGUGGCGUGUCUGGUGAUGCCCCUCGGGGCGGUGUACGAGGUGUCCAAGGAAUGGCGACUGGGGGCGGAUCUGUGCGAUAUGUGGACCUCGAGUGAUGUGCUGUGCUGCACGGCGUCGAUUCUGCAUCUGGUGGCCAUCGCGCUGGAUAGAUACUGGGCCGUAACGAACAUCGAUUACGCCCACCAGCGGACAGCCCGGCGGAUAGGUUACAUGAUAAUCGUCAUCUGGACCUUAUCGGUGCUGGUGUCGAUCGCACCCCUUCUGGGCUGGAAGGAUCCCAUGUGGGAAACGAGAGUAUACGAGGAUCUCCAGUGUAUCGUGUCCCAGGACGUGGGAUACCAGAUAUUCGCCACGGCUUCCAGUUUUUAUGUUCCUCUGUUGGUAAUACUGUUUCUAUACUGGAGGAUAUUUCUCGCGGCAAGGAAAAGAAUACGUCGGAGGCAGCAGGCUGCUCAGACCCAUCCUGAACCCUUGGCAAAAGCUUCAUGUAUGGCACUAACAUCGAUUGGUUUCCGCUGGAAGGUAACUGCAUCGCAACCGAACACGAUCGGUGGCCCAACGGCGAACGUGGUCGGUGGUUCCGGCGGGAUAGCGGCGGCCGUGGUGGCAGUCAUCGGUCGGCCGCUCCCAACCAUCAGCGAAACGACGACGGCCUUCACGAACGUGUCGUCGGCGAACACCAGCCCCGAGAAGGGUAGCCUCGGGAAUGGCAUCGAGCGGGACCGGAUCGAGGUGGAUCCGCCGACGGCGGAUAUCUCGAUGGCCUAUCCGUCGCACAGCGGGGCCUGCUCGACGAUGAAACCGUCGAUCAUGAAGAAGAAAUCCCAAACGGCGACGGACUCGAAGCGUGAGCGUAAGGCAGCCAAGACGCUGGCCAUCAUUACCGGGGCGUUCGUGUGCUGCUGGCUGCCAUUCUUCAUCAUCGCCAUCCUGCUACCCACGUGUACCGGGUGCGACUUCAGCCCGAUCAUGAUCAGCGUGUGCCUCUGGCUGGGCUACUUCAACUCAACGCUGAACCCGAUCAUCUACACCAUCUUCAGCCCGGAGUUUCGGCACGCGUUCAAGCGGAUACUGUGUGGCCGGAGGAACAGUUUGCGGCGGACGCGACACGUGCGGCAUAUGCGCGUUUAUUCAACAAUUCACAAUACCGAAAGUCCUGAGAUAUCACAGCUCCCAAACGCAUCCCCCCGAAUAAGCCAGUGUAGGCUGAGCCUCGAUUUUGGCGUUCGAAACAAAACACAUCCCCACUCAUUGUUCACUGUAUUAUACACAAACACCCACAAAAAAUGACAAAGUUUCAAGAAAAAAAAACACGAAGAAAACAACUCGGACAAAGCGGGUCACAUAGAAAAGAGAACAAAAAAAUACAUCAACCAAAUGUAAACUCAUCAAAUACUAGCAAAAAUUUUAAAUGUACAAAAACAAAACCAAACUUAGCAUAGGUCAAGGUAAAGAGAAUUAAAAAAAAUCAAUGUUACGUUUUGUGGAGUGGGGCGGCAGGAAAUAUAAAAUCAAAAUUGUACAAUCAUUAACGUUUAAUCAGCUGUUGGAAGAAAGACGACAAAACAUGUAGAACACUAUAGAGGAGAAGGUAACACAAAUCAAAAAGCACGUAGAGCUGAAGCAAAACCAAAGUCUAAAACUAUAAAAAAAUGUUUAAAUAAAAAAAAACUAAACGAGAUCUAUCUUAACAUCAGCGAGCGUUUUUCGGACAAAAAGUGUGUUCCCGAACCGAAAACCAAAGUUAUCACAAAAGAGCAAUCCAUCUAGGAAGACAUAUAACGGGGGGGCGAAAAUGUGCACACGCGAGUCAAAGCUGUUCCUUUUUUCACCUCCAUCUCCCGCCCACUCACGCGUUAUAGUGAGGAACGAAAAAGCAAAUUUCAGCCCGAAUUUUUUGUACAACGAUACACCGCGGUCGAGAACGGAUGCAAAUUUCACCGUUGAGAAAAACGAUGUAGAAAUGGAGCUGCACAAAAAAAAAAUGGAAGUUAGUUGGAAUAAUUUUGCUAUUUUCCCUUGGAGUGAGAGAACAAAAAAAAACAGAAACAAGUCUAAUGGAGGUGAAAAGUUUCCCUUCCGGCGCUCAUUGCCUGAGCUUCGGAACAAAGAAAAAAGGAAGAAGGGACGAAGUAAGCGUGAUUAGAGUUAAUCUCGGGGUUAAGACACUGGGGCAUAGUGGAGAAGACAGGAGUAAAUUGCGUCAGUGGGGUGAAAAUUGGCCCGAACCCUUUCAGUACCGAGGUAGAUUAAUUUGUUUACUCGAAAAAGGAAAUAUGCCAACACCGGUUUACAUGGCGUCUUGAUUUAUUGAGCCCAUGGAACCAUCAAAAUUUGCCAAUACUGAUUCGUAUCGUUGUGGCUUUGAUGGUUUCAGACAAAAGACGGCGUGGAAAUCCAAUUGAGGUUGGGAAGUUUUUUUUUUGCAAAGUGCGAUAUUGAUACUAGAGCUUGGAUACAUAUAUUAAGAGUUAACGCUUUGAUGUUUUGAAUUCCUACAAGAUUAUUGAGUGCUUUUAAUUUAGUGGUCUUUUUUCGAUUCUUCGACUUCGACCUUCGACUAUUGAACCGUGUCCAUAGCUAUAAUUUUUCGAAUCCUUUGGACAACUUGCAAACUCUACCGUUUGGAACUUUUGGAUAUUUGAAAUCAUUCGAAUUAUUCGAACAUUUAGAACUGUUGAGGCCUCCUAACAUAUUGGGGACCGCUCACGAGUUUUCUCGUGAUUCGCGUUCCGUCUGUUACAAAAGGAUCUCGAAAUUACCCGUGUUUUCUACACUUGAAGGUUAAAUCCUUGGCUUGCCAAGAAUCAAACAAGGCCUACCGAAGGCUCGCCUUCGUCUCAUCCACAUCAAUGGAAAAGAUCUCAUUCGUGGAAUCCGAACAAAUGAAGCGUUCAAGUUUGCCCAAAAACGUGCGGUUCUUAAUGUGUUAAGCUGUUUACAUCUUUUGAAAUCUGCAAAAUCAUGGAAAUUUCUGUAAUAUUGGAAUACUAUUUAGCUGUUUAGUUAGUUUGAAAACCCAAAUCAGACGGUUCGUUCGAUUCUGUUGAAUCUUGAACCAUUGGAAUUUUUUCACCAUAUAUAACCACUCUAACCGCUAAAUAUAUAUACAGCUUAAAUUCCAAAAAUUGUGAGUUUUUGAAGAAAUUUAAAUUCCUUUCAAAGGUGCGAAUAAUUUGAUUGAAUCCAAAUAUUUGAAUGAUACAGUUUAUAAGCAUUUCAAACGAUUCUAUUCUAGACCCAAUUAAAUCCCUUAAAUGAUUGAAAUUUCCUCCUGAUUCAACUGAGCUGAUUCCCUUAUAUUUUUUUUAUUUUUAUAUCGGUUCUAUUUUCGUUUUCGGGACCGUUCAGACUCUUUUGAUGUUUCUAUGUUAUUUAAAGGAAUAUGAUACUGAAUUGGGUAUAACCAAUAUCAAAAACUUUUCAAGAUAUUUAAUGUUUCAAGUUUCAAAAUGUUUUCUGGAACCGUUUGAACAAAUGAAUCUUUCAAAAUGUUGGAAUAUAUUAUGAAUUUGAAUGUAUUUGGAUAUCUAAUGCCAUAAGAAUUUCUGAAAACUUCGAAAUUUAUUGAAUCGGCAUGGUUUUAUAUACAUUUAUUUAUUUGAAUUUGUUUAUAUAUUUAUUUAUUUAUUUAUGUGUAAUUAUUUUAGCCUUUUCAUUCACAUAGAAAUGAUUCAAUAGUAUUUAAACAUUUUGCAAUCUAUUUAGAGCUAUUAAUUCUUUUUCGUCCUGAUCAUAUUUUUGGAUCCGUUUGUGUCAACUAUACCGUUUUAUUCAUUUAUUGCUCUAUUGAGCUGAUUCAACAUUUUUAUCAAUUUUAAAUUUUUCUCAAAACUAUCGAUAAAAACUUCAAUGGUUUAUUCAAUUUUGUUUUUUCAUAUUUGGUUUGAAAUUAACGAAUCUUACAAACCGUUUCCAUUUUCUGUACAGUUUGAUUGGUAGCAUCCGAAUCGUUUUUCUAUUUAAGUUUUCAUAAAUCUUUUGAAAUUGUGAAAUUAUUCGAAUCUACCUAGUAUAUUGAAUUAAGCCGUAGGAACAUUCUAAAUCGCUUGUUCCCCUUGAGUAUUUUAAGUCUCCAUCAUUUCGGCAGUCCCUGAAACAUCGAUAUGUAUAGAGUAUCCUCAUGAAUAUUGAAUUUACGUAAUGGUUUAUUAUUUAUUUAUUUAUUAAUUUUAGCCUUUUCAGUCAUUCAAAGGUGUUCCUAUUUCUGAAACCGUUUAUUUCGACUGGACCGUUUUAAUGUUUCAUCCCCUCUAUUUUCAAUUCCUCAUCAACCUGAAUAUUUUUCAACGUUUCAAAUUGUUUGAUUAUUCCGAAUCUUUCAAAGUAAUAAUUUUGCAACUCUCGCCUUGACUUGCGACCAAGUCAAUUUUUGAUCAACUUCCAACCACUUCGGGUUCUACCACGAGCAUCGGGGACUGACUCUGCUGCAACUGCGCCUUCCAGUUCCAGGAUGGAAAGCAAAUGAUUCUUCUGAAUCGUACGCAUUGCAAGAAUCCUUUAUAUGACUUGAACCAUCAAACCAAAUCUGAAUCUUUUAAUUAUUCAUUCGUGUUUAUUUGAGGGGCUCAGAAUGCAAGGGGUGUAAGUGACUUGAUCGAUUUCUCUUCAUCAACUUUUUAUUUAGUUAAUAACUCAACUGCAAAAACGUUCCAAAUUAAGUUUGCUAUACAAUCCGAUAGAUGAGGCUCUGACCUAUCUUCCACAUUUUCAAAUACAGCUGGGAAUGUAUUUGCAGCUAAUUUAUGACCAAAAGAGAGAGUCGAUGUAGAGAAAUCGAUCAAAUCACUUACACCCCUUUCAUUUUAAGCCCCUCAUUUAUUAUUUUUCUAUAGGUCCAAUUGAAAAUUCAUGAAAUUUAUAAUCAGUGUUUUUAUUAGAAAUUGAAGACUCUUCCAUGCCGUUUUCAUUUCGUAAAUUACUCAAUUAAGCCGUUGAAAUCUUGUUGUUGUGUACUAUUUUACUAGAAACCAUUUUCAAUGGUUUAUUCUUUUUUAUUUAUUUUUAUCGCUUGAAAUGUGAUUUUGAGAUUUGUCUGUACCUCCCAAAAUAUUUGUUAUUCGAAGUUGUUGUCUUCUGAAUGUUUGUUAAAUCUUCCAAUCCAUUUUCAUUUCUAGAACUGCUUAGAUAUUUGUUCGACCCGUGUGAACCAUUUUGAUCUUCAGAGAUUCUUGGACUCUCUGGAAAUAUUCGUUAAACUUCUUCUCAGAAAAUAAAUUAGCACUCCCUUCUUCUCACUUAUCUCUCUCUCCGAAUGCCGACCUCACUCUCCUCUCUCAUUCUCUCUCUCGCUCUCCCCUCAUACUCGACCACUUACUUCGCUCUAUCACUCUCUCAUUCGCUCUCUCUUUUCUCUCUAUUUUUCCCUCGAACUCUCUUCUCUCUCUCACUUCCAAGCGAGAGUGAGGUAAUCUCACUUCUCCCCCUUCUCUCGGUUGUUUUUUUAUCCCUUCCCCCUUCCCGACGAGAUGGAGCAGAAAUAAUAGCACAGAAUAAUUCGUCGUUCUCGAAAACCUUUUGAAACAGGUUUGCACGUUGAUCAAUUCAGAAAUUUUCGAAUCUGUACAGAAAUUUUUUAUUGACAGAAAAACAUUCAUUUGUAUAUAUUCAGCCAUUCCAUGCCAAACUGAUAUAGUGGCAAUUUUUCACUUUUUUCGGGGAAUUGUCACCCUAACGAAAAAAAACGGGUCUUAUUGUUUGCGAUAAAGAACAAAUCCACCACUUUUCACGAAAAUCCUAGAGCCACCAAAUCGGUUUGGCACAAAGGUACAAAAGGUACAAAGGUUUUCGAGUCAGCUAGCAUUAUUGUGCUAUAAGUUUUGGAUUAGAGAGUGGGGUUAUAAUCUGUACAUUUUUUUGAGCUUACGCAAAUGCAAAUCGAUUUCGUAUCUUUCGAGUUUAUACAGGAUAUACAGAGAGACAGACAGACAGACAAACGAACAAUCAUUUCAUUUGCAGAAAAUCGCGAACGGAAAAAAUCGUAAAAAAUAACCGUAAAAUAAAUAACCGCAGAGAAAAAAUCGUAAAGUCAUAAAAGCCUACUACAAAUAUUCUGACGCAGAAAAAAAACAUGUGUAUAAUUGCUACACGUGAAAAGCGAAAUUUUUAUUAUAAUUUUUUUUUUCGUAAUGAAAUUUAUACUGAGAUCAAAUUUAUUCUGAGAUUCUAGGAUUUAUUCUAACGAAGGCAAAAAGGGCGGCUCUAAGCCACCGAUGUGACGCAAUCCGAGUCGACCGUCGUCGUAUGGGGCAACUUCUCACAAGCAAACCUGUGUUUCACCGAUUGCCUGGUCAUUUUUAAACAUAGGAGACGAUCUUUUAGUAAGAGACGUCAUACGUUUGCCCGAUUCAAAAAUAUUUUACUAUAAUUUCCAUGAUAAUUUCCACAUUUGUUUUGGUUUAGACAUUUAGCUUUUUUUUGGGAAUGUAAGGUUAAUGAAAACUUUGCCCUUUUUUCAGUGUGGUAUUUAUACCCAUGAGACUGUUUCUGCGUUAGAAUAUUUCGAGUUUUAUGACAAUACGCCUUUUUCUCUGCGAUUAUUUACGUUGCUCUUAUUUCCUUCUCGAUUUUUCCGGGAAUCAUAUAAAACAUAAGUCAAUCGACUAGAAAAUUUUGUUAUUAAAAUAAUAGACUGGAUUCACUUCCAAUUUAAAAUUAUUCAGUUUGAAAGAUGUAGGCUGAUAAUUGCAGUGAAUCAGUAGGGCAAAAAAAAAUGAUAAAAACAAUAUGCGUAAAAUAACCAAAGUUUUGAUUUUUCAACUUUGCUCUUCGGGGACCAAGAAGAAAAAACAGAAAAAUAAUUUUGCAAAACCGUCAGACCGUUCUCGGAAUUAAAUAUGUGCUCUUGGUAAAUUUACAACUAUUGAUGUUUUUUUUUUAAUUUAUUCCUAUUUUUCUAUUCUUUCUUAUUUCUUAUUAUUUGAAAUAGUCAAACCAUUGAAUCCUAAGAAGCUAUUAGUUUUCCAUUUAUUGAGAUAUAUUACAAUUUAUUUGAAAAUAAAUAAAACGGCUUGAACGAUUCUAGUGAUCUAUUACUGCUUUCAUUAAUAACACAAAAAUUCCAACAAUUCCAAUAAACCUAACGAAAACACACCAAAAAUACAUAGAUACACUAUUUUCACUGUUCCACACUGUUUGAAUCUCGGAACUGUUUAAUGUUUUUUUUUAUAUGUUUUUAUCUUUUGGGUUUUUGAAUACUAAUAAUCCUUUGGGACCUGCAAAUUUAUUUCGAAUGUAGAUUGAAAAAAAUUGAAUCUUUAGAAAACAACUAACGCUUCAUUCCGCAAAAUUUUCAGCGAAUUGAAAAAAAGACUGAAUCGAAUGAAUCUUUGUUUAUUUAUUUUAUUUAUUUAUUUAUUUAUUCAUUUAUUUAUUUAUUUAUUUAUUUAUUCAUUUUUUAUUUAUUAAUUAUUUAUUUAUUAAAUGGAUUCAUCGAUAUUAUUUUUAUUUAUUAUUUUUGCUCUUUUGAGCUGUUAUCUGUUUCGACCAUUUUCAAUCGGAUGAAACCGAACCUAUUUUCAAUCUAAUCGAAAAUCUUAUAUAUUUCGAUAUGUUUACAUUUUUAAAGCCGUUUGAAUAAUCUAUUCUCUUUUAAACAUCUUAACAAUCUCAACUAUUGUUGCUGUGUUUUGAAUUAUACGAUUAUUUCGAAUCUACGAAGUCUUCCAAAGAAGUAUUUAAUGAUAGGGUAAAUGAUCUUGGUUUGUCCAAUUUGGGGUGUUUUUACGCAACUAGUAAAUGCAAAUCGAUUUUUCUUCAUGAAAAUCACACAUAAUCGAUACGAGUUUGGGUUUGUUGAAAAGCCCCAAGUCUCUAGUUGCUAAUACUACCAUAAGGUGUUGAAAUUAUUCAAAUUUUUAUGUUUUUUAACGACUUUCCUUAAAGAAGAAUUAUGAUCAUGGUUUGACCACCUCUGAUCAUGGUUUGCCCAAAAAAUGAUCAUGGUUUGUCCGGUUUUAGAAAUCUCCAUUUUUGAAUGAAAACAUUCGAAUUCACAAUUAGAUGUUGCAUUUAUCAUUGCUUGAGUUUACUGUCAUCAUAUUGAUUCAUUCAUAAUUUAGGCUUUCUUCAGAAUAUUGCCUUUUCUUGGGCAUUUUAGAAGUGUUCACCUCAACACAAUCAACACAGAAAAACCAUACUUCUGCUAUGCGCGAAGCACACCAUAAACAAACAUAAACAAACUGCAGCGUGCCAAGCGGUUGCCAUAGAAAUCAUGUGGACAAAACAACAUUAUUGAAUUGGACAACUCAUGAUCAGAAUUGAGUUCAUCAAAAUGCGUUAAUUUAAUGGUUUAGCUAUGUAAAUCCGAUACAAAUGGUGAGCAAGCAUGAUGUUUACAAUAUUUAUAAGUGUUGUAAUCCAGAAAAGGUCUGAAUACGUGCCAAAUAAUCAUCUGGUGAUCGAUUAAAAGUUAGCUCGAAUAAGGGGCGCAUUGACACAAAUAGCAGGUGUAUUUUAUAAUCCUUUAAAACAUGUGAUUUCGUAAAAAUAUACUAUCAAACUACUAUAAAUCAUGUAAAAGGCAAUUUCAUUUAUAUGUUUCGAAACAUUCGAAGGCCUUAUUUGACACAGGAGCGCUGAAUUAGAGCAUUCAAAAAAGUGGGCAAACCAUGACCAUAUUUUCGACUGGACAAACCAAGAUCAUUUACCCUACUAAGUCGUCUAUAUAUUCUUGAAUCCACCCAGUCGAUCUUUGCUUUUUUACCUUCAUUACAACCCGAUUUUAACAUAUUACCCAACGAAAAUUUUAUCUAUUGGUUGUGCAACUUAACACUUUAGAGACCGCUCACGAGAUUUCUCGUUUUCGCGUUCUUUCUUUACAGACUUGUGUGAAAUUAGCGGAUAAAAGUUUUUGUUGCGUGCAAGUUUCUGUUCAACGUCUUGCUGGGUUCGAUUGAUAAUGAAUUAUUUCAAUUGAAAUAAAUUGAUUGUUUAUCAAGUAACAACUUUCAAAAUCAUGCUUAUUAGAUAGAGAAUUGAAUCAUUCAUCUUGCCACAUAAUUAAUUUUUUUCUUGAUCGUGACAGAGAAAAGUUACAGACUGAAACGUAAGCAUGGGUCAAUAUAGGAAAAUUCAAAGAAUUUUGAAAAUCAAAAAAAUUGUUCGAAUAGAGUUAUCGAAGUUAUUUUACCUAUCUUCCACCCACAAUUUUAUUAAUCGAAAAAGGGUAUGAGAAAAGUUAUAAGCCAAGUUGUAUGAAAGAAAUUAAUUAAGUGAAAGAAAAUUGAAAAAUGUUAUUUGAAAGGACCCAAAGCACAUUCUUCAGAUAGUACUUAUUCGAUAUAGAAUGUUUUUGUCUAUCUUUAGAAAAAUUUCCAUUGGUCGGAAAUGGGUCUAAGAAAAGUUAUAGCCCAAAACCUAUACAACUUUUAUUUUAUUUCACUUCGUCUUAGAUUGAAAAAAACAUCUCACAGACUGACAAAUCUUAAAUACUACCUAAUAUUCCUAAUUCUACGUCUAAAAACACAUUUAGAUACAUUAAAAUCGAAGUGACAUUGAACUUCAUUAAACGCACGGAAGCAGCUGGACAAAGGACAGUUUUGCCCGUACGACGUUGUAUGCGGCCGUAUCGCCAAUAGCUGUCUUUCGCGGAGCUGUCUGGUGGGAGCGUAAAACCGUAUCUCGCUGAUUAACUCCGCACAGUCGAUGUUUCCAGACAGUAAAUCGAAGACGAACAGACGUUGAAUUUUCUUCCGCCUCGCCGAAAGCGUUUCUAUGUCAAUAAGCAUGCAGCGACUUUCGUAAUCAGGAAGAUGAGCGGGAUCAUUCCAUGGCAGUUGUCUUAAGGCGUAGCGAAUAAAACAGCGUUGCACUUUUUCGAUCCUGAUGAUGUGCAUUGUAUGGUAAGGAGCCCACACGCAUGCUGCGUAUUCAAGGACACUUCGAACCAUUGAGCUGUACAGAGCCUUCAGCGUGUACGGGUCACGGAAGGACUGCGUGUUCCGCCGGAUAAACCCUAGAACAGCGUAUCCUUUUGCGAUGACGUUGUUGAUGUGUUCGGUAAACUUUAGUUUGAUGUCGAGAAUUACCCCGAGAUCUCGAAUGGAGGUAACGCGAUCGAUAACAGCAGAACCGAUCAUGUAGUCAUGGGACAGAAACGAUUGGCGCCUUGUAAAUGUGAUUGUCUUGCACUUGCUGAUGUUCAACUCCAUGCCAUUAUCAGCACACCAUGCAACCAAUUCAUUCACGUCAGCUUGUAGAGCAUAGCAGUCCAAUAUGGAAGAGAUUUUCCUAAAUAUUUUUAGGUCAUCAGCGUAGAAAAGCUUACCAGACCUCAGCCGGCUGGCGAGAUCAUUGACGAAGAGAAUGAAAAUCAAGGGCCCAAGAACGCUCCCUUGAGGGACGCCGGAUGAAAUAAGAUAUGUACGGGAACGAGCACUUCCAACUCUCACGAAAGCUUUUCUAUCGGUUAGAUACGAUCUGAGCCACUCAGUUAUCCAUUCAGGAAGUCCAAUAUGUUUGAGUUUCGCGAUAGCCAGUUCGUGAGGGACUUUAUCAAAAGCUUUCGAGAAAUCAAAAUAGAUAGCAUCUACCUGACUGCGACUUUCUACAGUUUCCGACAGAACGCUCAUGUAACUCAUCAGAUUUGAAACGGUUGAACAUUUUUUUCACAAAACCAUGUUGAGCAUCAGUUAUGAACGAACGAACCGCAUUAAAGAGACUCCGGUGGACGAGUUCUUCAAAAACUUUAGCAAUGCAGCAUAAUAUCGAGAUUCCUCGGUAGUUACAAAUGGCGUGAACACUACCAGACUUGUGAAUUGGAGUGAUCGAUGCCAUCUUCCACACCUCUGGAAACCUACGCUCGCUCAGGGAACGAUUGAAGAUUGUACUGAUAGGAGUUUUGAAUGCAUCUGCACAUUCCUUUAGAAAUGCUGGAGGUAGACAGUCUGUACCGGCACCCUUGGAAGCGUCAAGGUUUUUCAAAACUGCAGCUACGUCAUUUGGGGCGAAAGUUAAUAAGGACCGUAUCGUUAUUUAUGGGUACGCCUUAGAGUCUCCGUCUGAAAAAGACUAUAGCUUGUUUUGACAGCUGUUUAUUUUUCUCCUGUUGUUGACACAGUUAGCGUUCAGUUAGCAUUGUUAAAAGAUCGUUUUUUCCUAAAAGUGCAAUCAUGAGAGGGCUAACAGAAGAAAAACGAAAAUCCAUUGUGACCAGAUACUGCUCCGAAACAGGAAUAUCAAUGAGAAAAUUGGCGAAGGCGGAAGGAGUAAGCGUCCAUGCGGUCCAAAACGCUAUCAAGCGAUUUGGUAUGUAUAAUACAUUGAAGGAUCUACCCGGUCGCGGCAGAAAACCUGGGCCAUCCAAGCCAAACUUGGAUAAAAAGAUUUGCAGGCAAUUUGAAAGAAAAAAGGAAUUAUCGAUACGGGAUUGCGCAAAAAAGUGUGGAACAUCAAUCGGUAUGGUUCAACGUGCCAAAGAACGUAACUCACUGAAGGCAUAUAGAAAGCAAAAAUGUCCCAAACGCAGCCAAAUUCAGGCAAGUUCCGUGAAAACCCGUGCCCGUAAGCUUUACGAUGGGAUUUUAAGCAAACGCGAACUGUGCAUCGUCAUGGAUGAUGAAACCUACGUCAAACUGGACUACAAAACUCUUCCUGGGGCACAGUUUUACACUGUAAAGCAAGGAACAGAUGUCCCGAACGCGGAGAAGUCAAUUUUUUGCGAAAAAUUCGGUAAGAAAGUGCUGGUUUAGCAAGCUGUUUGUCAAUGUGGCAUGAAAUCAUCUCCUUUCUUCACUCUCGGGAAUAUGAAUGGUGAAAUUUACCGGAAAGAAUGUCUCCAAAAGCGUGUGUUACCGCUCAUCCGAAAGCACACUGGUCCGACACUAUUUUGGCCUGAUUUGGCAUGAUGCCACUAUGCACGUUUGACCUUGGAUUGGUAUCGCGAGAAUAAUGUCGAUUUUGUGGAAAAGGAGAUGAAUCCUCCAAAUUGUCCGCAAAUAAGACCUAUUGAAAAAUUUUGGGCUUUGAUGAAGGGACGACUGCGGAAGAAGGACAAGGCAGCCGAUGACCUUGAGCAGUUCAAAAAGGAUUGGAUAAAUGUGAGCAAACAAGUCGAUGAGACGGUUGUCCAGAACCUAAUGAGGGACAUCAAGAAGCAGGUGCGAUCAUUGGCGCGAAAAUCAGAAUCUUGAUUAUUUUUUACUGUUACUCCUUUCUUUCAUUCAUAAGAUACAAUAUUUUGAUAUCAUAACUGAAAAAUAAAUGCAAUAUUUGAAAUAAAGCUGUGUUUUGAGCGUACCCAUAAUUAACGAUACGGUCCUUAGCGGAAGGUUUAUGUCAAACGAUGGAAUGUUUCGACCAGCCGCUGAUAAACUGGGAGUGUCACGAUUGUGCACGCUACUAAAAAAGUCCGCGAAAAAGUCAGCGAUAUUCUCGGGCGAGUCCGCAGUAGCUCCAUCAUGCGUCAUUCCUGAGGGAAUUCAAGUAGUAUUUUUCAGGUUCCUAAUGUAGGACCAGAAAGAUGCUGGAUCACGUUUCAAGUUUGAUUCGGUGCGGUUGUUGUAACUUCGAAACGCGUUUUCUUGGCAUUCAUUGUAGAUCGUUUCAAGGUGUUUUAAUCUAUCCCUGUUGCACGAAGAUCUUUCGCGGAAAAAACGUUUACGUGAUUUCCGAACGAUAUUACGAAGGUGUCGUAGUUCUGGUGUCCACCAAGGGAGUUUUGAGUGAAUUGCGGAACUCCUGUGUUUUCGUGGAACUUGAUCGUCGAGUAUGUUAAAAACCUUUUCAUAGAACAGUGCAGCUGUCUGGUCUGUGCAUGCGUCGCCGAGUAUAGCAUCCCAGUCAACCGCCGCAAGCAGGUCAUUAAGCGCUACGAAGUCACAUAGUUUAAAAUCGAAAUCAUCAACAUCACUUACGCCGAUAGGGUUUUGAUUUCCAGCCACGAUUUCAAGCCGGAGAACAAACGGGUUAUGGUGAGGAUUAAUUUUUAAAAGCGAAGAUGGUGGAUCAAUGAGCUCUACAUAGGUAGAUUCACUCACAAACGCCUGGUCAAGAAGACGUCCGUUUGCGUUACGAACUGAGUUGAUUUGGUGAAGUCCGGAUGUGAGGAUGGAUUCUGCAAAUGCAAUUUCAGAUUCGGUAGAGGCGUUGAUUGGCAGGUAACUGUUGCAGUCGUCGUCGAAACACCAUGAUAGAUGUGGGAGAUUAUAGUCACCAAGUACAACAAUGACGUCGUUUGCGGAGGACAGGUCGCAAAUCUCUUGAACAGCAGCUGCGUGCGAUUCAUAAAUAUCAGGACGAGAGCUCGGGCGAAUAUAAAUUCCGCAGACGUAAAUAGUUGUCCCGGGAAGACUAAUAGAAACGACCGUUUGUUCGAGAUGAGUACAGUUUGUUAACGUAAACGCACAACACCGAAUAUCGGAUUUAACGGCGACCAAACGGCGACUCUCGGGAAUAUGAAUGGUGAAAUUUACCGGAAAGAAUGUCUCCAAAAGCGUGUGUUACCGCUCAUCCGAAAGCACACUGGUCCGACACUAUUUUGGCCUGAUUUGGCAUGAUGCCACUAUGCACGUUUGACCUUGGAUUGGUAUCGCGAGAAUAAUGUCGAUUUUGUGGAAAAGGAGAUGAAUCCUCCAAAUUGUCCGCAAAUAAGACCUAUUGAAAAAUUUUGGGCUUUGAUGAAGGGACGACUGCGGAAGAAGGACAAGGCAGCCGAUGACCUUGAGCAGUUCAAAAAGGAUUGGAUAAAUGUGAGCAAACAAGUCGAUGAGACGGUUGUCCAGAACCUAAUGAGGGACAUCAAGAAGCAGGUGCGAUCAUUGGCGCGAAAAUCAGAAUCUUGAUUAUUUUUUACUGUUACUCCUUUCUUUCAUUCAUAAGAUACAAUAUUUUGAUAUCAUAACUGAAAAAUAAAUGCAAUAUUUGAAAUAAAGCUGUGUUUUGAGCGUACCCAUAAUUAACGAUACGGUCCUUAGCGGAAGGUUUAUGUCAAACGAUGGAAUGUUUCGACCAGCCGCUGAUAAACUGGGAGUGUCACGAUUGUGCACGCUACUAAAAAAGUCCGCGAAAAAGUCAGCGAUAUUCUCGGGCGAGUCCGCAGUAGCUCCAUCAUGCGUCAUUCCUGAGGGAAUUCAAGUAGUAUUUUUCAGGUUCCUAAUGUAGGACCAGAAAGAUGCUGGAUCACGUUUCAAGUUUGAUUCGGUGCGGUUGUUGUAACUUCGAAACGCGUUUUCUUGGCAUUCAUUGUAGAUCGUUUCAAGGUGUUUUAAUCUAUCCCUGUUGCACGAAGAUCUUUCGCGGAAAAAACGUUUACGUGAUUUCCGAACGAUAUUACGAAGGUGUCGUAGUUCUGGUGUCCACCAAGGGAGUUUUGAGUGAAUUGCGGAACUCCUGUGUUUUCGUGGAACUUGAUCGUCGAGUAUGUUAAAAACCUUUUCAUAGAACAGUGCAGCUGUCUGGUCUGUGCAUGCGUCGCCGAGUAUAGCAUCCCAGUCAACCGCCGCAAGCAGGUCAUUAAGCGCUACGAAGUCACAUAGUUUAAAAUCGAAAUCAUCAACAUCACUUACGCCGAUAGGGUUUUGAUUUCCAGCCACGAUUUCAAGCCGGAGAACAAACGGGUUAUGGUGAGGAUUAAUUUUUAAAAGCGAAGAUGGUGGAUCAAUGAGCUCUACAUAGGUAGAUUCACUCACAAACGCCUGGUCAAGAAGACGUCCGUUUGCGUUACGAACUGAGUUGAUUUGGUGAAGUCCGGAUGUGAGGAUGGAUUCUGCAAAUGCAAUUUCAGAUUCGGUAGAGGCGUUGAUUGGCAGGUAACUGUUGCAGUCGUCGUCGAAACACCAUGAUAGAUGUGGGAGAUUAUAGUCGCCAAGUACAACAAUGACGUCGUUUGCGGAGGACAGGUCGCAAAUCUCUUGAACAGCAGCUGCGUGCGAUUCAUAAAUAUCAGGACGAGAGCUCGGGCGAAUAUAAAUUCCGCAGACGUAAAUAGUUGUCCCGGGAAGACUAAUAGAAACGACCGUUUGUUCGAGAUGAGUACAGUUUGUUAACGUAAACGCACAACACCGAAUAUCGGAUUUAACGGCGACCAAAACGCCACCACCGCGUUGUAGAGUGCUUGUGUUAGCAUUACGGUCACAACGAAAAAUGCUGUAGUUUGAUGCAAGCUCAGCGUUUACUACGUCUGGGCGCAACCACGUCUCGGUCAGAACAAUUAUGUCGUAGUCACAACUCGUCGUUUUCCUACGGAACUCGCUAGUUUUUGUACGCAUGCCUCGAACAUUUUGAUAAUAAAGUGUCAAAUGUUUUGAGAAUAAUGUCGCCGCAGUGUCAAGAUUGGAAGGGCAGAUGAUUUGAUCGACAACGUGCAAGCUCUGCGUAGAUGACACUAGUUGGAUAACAGUACUGUUUGGGGGUGGCGGAGUUGUUACGUCAACGUUGAGGCUCCUGGGUCGGCUAUCGGCGCUGGUUUCCAAAAAUGCCGUGAGUUGGAAACAUUGUCCUCAAAUUCGCGAAAUUCGAUCUCCUGCGGCCAAGUAGAGGGGUCCAUUGCCUUGGUUUUUAAGUUUGGGUUGAUACCCACCUUAAACGACACAAACGUUAACGUGUUCAACGGUCGGCCCCUGGGGAUAAGUGAUUUUAUCACUACGUCAUCCGUCUGCAAACAUUCCUUGGCGAGGUUCUGGACAUCCGCAUCCGAGACUUCGGAUGAAUGGGGGAAAUAAAUUAAUUUAAAGAAAAUUGAAAAAAACUUAUUUGAAAGGACCCAACACACAUUUUUGAGAUAAUACUCAUUGGAUAGAGAAUACUUUUAUCCAUCUUCAGUCAAAUUUUCGUUGGCCGGAAAAGAGUCUGAGAAAAGAUAUGGGCCAAAAUUUAUCGAAAAUGGAAAUAGAACAUUUUCACACACGAAAAAAAAAUAAAGGAACAGAGUUCGAAGUCGAAAUUUUUAGGCGAUUUUUGAAAUGCUUUGAAAUCGUGAAAUAUCAAUGCAAUGCUCUUUAAAGAAUAAUUUAGAUGAAUUUCCGCGGAAAAUUUUACAGAGAAAUUUGUAUUUCGAUGGAUGUAGAUGCAGUGGAUAAAAAUAUCGGGAAGAAAUGAGAAAUCGAUUUCUUUCUGUUUUUUCAAAGAUAGCAAAUCCAAUUAACGUUAUGAACUAUCUUUCAUUUAAUUUCUAUAACGUUGUUGUGGACUAUUCAGUUCUGAGUUAUUAUUUCAUAAACGAAAAAUUUCGAAUUCGUAUUUGAUAAUAAGUAGUUCAAUAAAUAAUCAUUGAAAAACUGUUUUGAAAACUCUAAUAAAUUCUAUACACCCAGGAUUUUUUUACGCAGGGGAUAGAAUUUUGUUAUAAUUUGUCGCGGUACACCAUAGUAGAUGUAUUUAGAAUAUUUUCACAAAUUUUCAUUUCCUAGCCUAUUGAGAAUGAAAGAAAAACUCAUUUUUUCACUAUAGCGUAGGAACACAUUUAAAUACAAAUUAUAGUAGUAAUGAAUCACUAAAUACUAAAAUUUUUUUAAUAAUUUAUUUAAUUUAUAAUUUAAUAAUUUAUUUUUUGUCGCAAUUUUCGACGACAGGCCUUCCGGAGCGUGGCGCAUCUUCGACGACCUCUACACCAGAACGAAAACGUUGAAACCAUCGUUGUGCGGUGGAAAUGGAACUGUAUCGGGUCCAUAAACUGCACAAAUUUUAUUGGCAGCUUGUGAUGCAUUUUUGCCUUUGUCAUAGUAGUACUGUAAAAUAUGUCGGAUUUUCUCUUUAUUUUGCUCCAUAUUUGCGACACUAUAACUGUCAAGGACUAUAUUAUAGCGCGCAAAAAUACCUUUCCAACAAGCUAUAGUAUGACUCGAUACAAUGAAUACAACUAGAACUACGCGCUUACAACGACACCUCGCGGAAAUACCGCAGGACUUUUUUGACAGCCUAAUAUUUCUCGAUAUAUCAUAGUAAGAUGCACUUUCAGUAUUUUUAGUCAAAAUUUCUAUACAAUAGAAAUUUUUACUUCCUUUUUACUUUUUACUUCCUUACCCAGCCAGACCCUUUCUCCCACACGACUUAUUUUUUUUUUAUUAAUUCGUUUAUUUUUACAGGCUCAGCUACAUAAGUUUUAAGGAACCGAAUUCUUAACUAUAUUUUUAUAACUAUAUAUAAACAAUUUCCUAAUUCUAUGGCUAAUAAGGUAGAAAAUUACGAUUACUUGCGGUUGACUCCCUCCCAUACAACUUGGCCUAUAACUUUUCUCAGACCCUUUUCCGAUUAAUCAAAUUGUGGCUGGAAUAUAGGUGAAAUAUUUCUCUAUCGAAUAACUUCGAUAACUCUAUUCGAACAACUUUUUUUGAUUUUAAUAAUUCUGUAUAUUUUCCUACAUUGACCAAUGCUCACGUUUCAGUCUAUAACUUUUCUCUGUCACGAUAAAAAAAAAGAAUUAUGUGGAAAGAUGAAUGAUUCAAUUCUCUAUCUAAUGGGCAUGAUUUUUGUUAGGUUGUUACUUGAUAAACAAUCAAUUUAUUUCAACUGAAAUAGCGUUCUGAAUCAUAUUUCGGACAACAUCAUAUUUUGGACACUUUGUUCUAAUAUCAUGAAAUGCUUAAUGCACUGAUGAUAUAACUAUCAAAUUAAUAUCACAAUUGCUUCUUUAGAGUAAUCCAAUGGUCUCACUAUCAUUUCACAUGAGAACUACAUUUGAAUUAUAACAUAAUUGGCAGAAAUCUUACAACACUACUCAUUAUCGUUUGUGUUUGACGUUUCCUUAGCGUGAGCACGUAGAAUUUACCCGUUCAUAAAUAUUUAAAUUUCUCCCGUGUUUCAUCAGUUCUUAUCAUCGUUAACAGUUUACUGUGAUUGCUUGGUAAGUGUUUCGCAGUUGACUAUAACAUAUAAUAAAGUGUAAUGUAAUUUUCGUUCAAAAAAUUACAAAAUAAAGUGUCCGAAAUUUGAAUUCAAUCUGUCCGAAAUUUGAUUUAGUGUCUGAAGUUUGAUUCUUAUUCGCUUCAUUUAAAACGAAUUUUGUUCGAAGAUUUUUUUAUGUUUUCAAUCAAAUAGGUACCAAAGUAGAAAGCUUAAAAGCAUAUUGAACUAAUUUAUUAAAAAUAUCAACCAAAUAAUACCUGUGCAUAAUGUUUGGAUCUGUUUUCUGCAUCAUAUGCCUUAAGCGUCCGAAAUAUGGUUCAGAACGAUAAUUCAUUAUUCAUUAAAUCCAGCAAGACGUUCAGCAGAAACUUGGCGAAUGUACUGCAAACUUUAAAGCCUCUUAAAAACUUGCAAGCAAAGCAAGCAACAAGUCAAAACGUGCGGUCCCAGGCGUAUGUCUUACAGAUUUCUUCUCGGUCCUUAAAGUGUUAGCUCGUUUCAUUUCUCUACAUGAUAGACUUGUGUCUAAUACGGUAAUAUGUAUUUUAUAACAAUCAGGAUCGACGAAACGAAACUUGGAGAACAAACUGCAACAUCGAAAAUUUGCAGUGGUUUUUAAAAAGCCGUCACUUCGUGAUGUAAGAACUCCUGUAGAUUAGAUAUACAUAAUUAUAAACCCUCAAAAUUAUAGAAUCCGGAAUCUCUCGGAACAAUGAUUGACCUUGUACCGAAUUCACUCAUGUCUCCAAAACCAAAGCCUAUCAAUUCUUUAUGGGAUCAGUAUUUAUUGGAAAAUUGAUAAACAAAAUGUCCCUGUAGUAAAUGAUCUUACUGAGAUGUUCUAUGAGACAAAUAAUAGCUAAAUGGUUGUGGGCUAAUUGGAUUCUUUAUUGAUUUUGUUACAACAAUAUUGUCCUAGUCUACAAAUGUCUUAAUCAAUCCUUUAAAUUUACACGCAUCAUAGCAAGAAUAAUUGCCUAAAAAGGCCUCACUAGAAGCUUUCUAAUUCUUGAAAUGUUCUUUAUUGUUCUUUAUUAUUUUUAUCUAUCACAGAGUUACAGCAUUCCAAAAAUCACUGAAAGCAAUCGAUAUUGAAACCUGCUCUUCUAAUUCUUAUUUUAUUUUUUCAUUCUAUUGAAUCAUUCGAAUCACAUGGAUUAAGUUACUAAAAUGAUUAGUCUAAUUAAGCAUUUAAACUCUUCCCAUUGCACGGAAUCCUCAAAAUCUAUUGAUUCUAUUGGUUGAGAAACUGUGAGAUAUUUUUUAAAUGUUUUAGAUGUUUUAAUAGGAACAUUGGAACCAAUUCCAAAACAUCGAGUCUAUGUUUUUUAAUCUUCAAAAUCACGUGAAUAUUUUGAACCCCUCCAAUCAUUUAAAUCUUAUUCUGUCGUAACUUACCCUCACUGUUAUCGAAGCCUUUGCAGAUUUAAAUGAAAUAUUACUCCAAGCUAGGUAUCGAUCCGCACAAUAUUGCUACUGAAAGGGUUCACACAAAUUUACCGCCUUACAACAACAGCAAAAAAAAUCAAAAACAAUGAACACAACAAAAAAACUCAAACACGGAAAAGUGCAACGUACGCUUAGAGAGCAAACGAGGAACUAGUAUCCACUGUACUGUAAUUACAGGGUAGUUUUGGGUAAGGGGCAAAUGUGUAGCCCAUGGCUUAGGAAGCAACUUGCAAACUUUAGUUUUAUUCCUGCUAUGAUUUUCAUCUGAAUUCCUAUGUGUAUUACGAUGAUGACACUGACUGGAAGAGAACAUGGAGUGCACUGACAAUGAGCGAACUUUUUCUUCCCAAUAGAGAAACGAAUAAAACUGUUUAAAAGCAAUCAAAAGAAGUUGUUUUCAGUUUCGCUGGUCCUUUUUUCUCGCUAUCCGAUAAUAGAUGACAAACACCCGGAACUGGUCCUGGAACUCUUGGUGAACACUAGUGA